CCCCUGCUAAGCGCACUCUACACAUUGUGUCAUGUGACCCACCAACAUGGCUGAUAUAAACUCCUGUGAUGUUACUUCGACGGACGUCAGUGUUAAUACUCCGCGGAUGGACAAAUACAAAGUCUACAAGCAGCGAUGGUAUAUUCUAGCCGUUAUCUCUGUUAUUAACUUCUCCAAUUCUGUGAUAUGGAUAACAUUUUCUCCAGUUGCUGAUGUCACAACGAGAUACUUUAACAUCACCAUAAAACAAGUAAACUGGUUGUCGUUGGUUUAUCUUAUUGCCACUGUGCCGUUUGGGAUUGCAGCAAUAUGGCUCAUAGACUCGGUCGGUCUCAGAUCCAGUAUAAUUCUUUCUGCUUUGCUGAACUGCAUUGGUUCCAUUCUCCGAGUUGUCAGUUGUUAUAUCCCAGCAGUUUCCCGUUUCCCAGUGCUAAUAACUGGCCAGACACUGGCUGCCUGUGCGCAACCAUUCAUUCUAAUAUCUCCUACAAAGAUGGCAGCACUGUGGUUCAAAGAUGAUCAAAGAGCAACUGCUAACAUGUUAGCUUCAAUGGCAAAUCCACUUGGAAUCAUGGUAGCAAAUUUGGUUUCUCCAGCAGUUGUUACCAACAAAGACCGUAUGCCUUUUUUGGACGUGGCCACUUUCUAUGCUGUCAUGGGUCAGAUGAGUUGUCAUGAUCUGAAACGGUUCCUUUUCAGAGUUCCUGCCAGAAAUUUUGUAUUCAUUCUUUCUAAAGAUUUUCUCUGUGUCAGACUUACAGUGAAACCCGUGGCCCCAGACUGGUCCCCUUCUGAGAAUCAGAUUGUUGGUGUAAGGGAGCUCCCAUGGACAAUCAGUCUUGAAUUUGCCUGGAGAUGCAGUUUUGAAUUUCUACCAUGGCAGAAAGCUUCUAAUAUCCUCUUGUUAAGAGUGUCUGCAAUAAAAUCUAAAUUUCAUUUUUUCUGUUUCUUUUUUCUGUUUCAGUUAAUAAGAAAUAAGUCCUAUGUGACAUUGUGCCUGAACUUUGGAGCAGGAUUAGGUCUUUUUACUGCAUUAUCAACAUUAUUCCAGCAAAUUCUAUGUCCACGAGGUUACUUUAAUAAUUUCUCUGGCAUGUGUGGUGCUUUGUUCAUUGGAGCUGGUCUUGUCGGUGCUGCCCUAGCUGGUCCUCUGUUAGAUUACACAAAGCGUUUUGAAGACAUUAUCAAGAUUUCUUCUUGUAUGACAACUUUGUGUAGUAUAUUAUUUUCAGUGGUUUCAGGCUUUGAAAACAGAAGAACUCUAAUAGCAACAAGUAUUUCUUUGUUAGGCAUGUUUGGAUUUUCCUUAUAUCCGUCAUGUAUGGAAGCAUCUGUAGAAUGUACUUUCCCUGUUGCUGAAGCAACCAGUUCUGGUCUAUUGGUGAUAGUAGGACAAAUUUUGGGUGUGAUAUUCAUUGUGGUGAUGCAGGUUCUAGCCCAACCGAUGUCUGCCAGUGAAAGCAGAAACAGCACUUGCAAAACCAAUAGCUUAUCAACAGAAACGUUAGAUUUUACAAUCUCUAAUUUCUUUGGAAGUGGUGUAUUGGUCCUGUUUUGUGUUUUGUCCCUGGUCUUCUUCUUCCACCCUGAACUGAAACGUCUAACUGCUGAGAAGAAAGCUGCUGCCCAAGACAUCAUUUCAGCCAUAAGAAAUGCAGAAAACGACACAUCAUCAGUCAUCCAGAACGAAAUAACUGAAUAAGCAAGCAAUAAUGUGAAAGAACAACAAUGGUUGAAGUUGAUGUUGACUCCAAACUUUAUUUACCAUUAAUUUAUGUAAAGCCACACACAAUGGCAGGCGUGUCUCAUAUAAUCGAGAGGAAGGUGAUGGCCUCGGUUUAUUGAUCAAAAUGAUCACACCAUCUAAGGAAGGAGGAAACUUUUCAAAUAUAAAGUGGAAGUAUACAAAAAUAGACAUUGUUUUCCCUCUUACUGUUUUGUUUCGUUUUGAAAAAUAAAAAAUUAUUUUAUGGUU